GGUUAUAGCAGCGUGCAGGGCGUCAGGGAUACGAUGGAGGACGAGGUUCAGGUGCACUAUAAUACGGUAGGCCACUACCUAUACGCCGCCGUGUUCGACGGCCACGGCGGCGAAAAGGCGGCGCAGUGGCUGGCCAAGCAGCUUCACGUGCAAGUGGAGAACUGCCUCGUCGGUCGCACCGGCAUCAGCAGCCGGGACAUCUGUCCGCAGCAGCUGAUUGACUCGUUUCACAUGGCGGAUAAGGCCCUUUUGGAGCAUUUGGCGGCGGAGGGCGGCGAGGACGCGGCACAGGCUGGCUCCACCGCCACCGUGGCCGUCAUCAAGGACGACAAACUAGUGGUUGCCAAUGUUGGGGACAGCCAGGCUAUCCUGAGCCGCAAGGGCAACGCCGUGACGUUGGCGCACUGCCACCGGGUCUACGGCUCCGGCCCUGACGUGGCCACGGAAAUCGAGCGCGUCAAAUCGGUGGGCGGCUGGGUGGACGACGGCCGCGUGUGCAGCGUGCUGGCCGUCUCCCGCGCCUUUGGCGACUGGGAGUUCAAGGGCAUUGGCCUGCCGCGUCUCCUGCAGACGGGCAUCGAGCGGGGCUACUGGAACGCCGAGUUUGCGGCACAGCAAGCCUUCAGGGCGGAUCCUGUGGUGGCAACGCCGGAUGUCACAGAGACGCUGCUAACGGAGGACGACGAAUUCCUCAUUGUAGCGAGUGACGGGCUGUGGGACGUGUUGCCGCCGCGGGAGGCGGUAGCGUGGGCGCGCAAGGAGUUCCGCGCCAAGAAGGACGCCAGCCAGGUGGCGGCCAGCCUUGCGGGCCUGGCAUUGAAGCGGUACAGCACUGAUAAUGUGGCAGUGGUGGUGGUGGAUUUGCAGGGCAGUGACUUCUGGAGCGCCAAGCCGCAGAAGGCCAAGCAGCAGCAGGGGGGGACGCGGAAAGGCGGCCUGUUUGGGGGGCUCUUUCGGUCCGGUUGA